AUUCCUAAGACUCCUCUGGAUAAAAAGGUGGUUAUUCUACCAAAGCAAAGCCAGAAGUAAGAAACAGAGAGACAUUGCGUUUGUUAGCUCCGAAUUGAUCAAUGGCUCAGUCAUAUUCGUGGCUCUUCCUGGCGACUUGUGCCACCCUCUUCCUUCUGAUUUCGUCGGCGACAACAGCGGACGCAGGAGGAGCAGGAACAGCACCAGGGAUGGAAAUGACGUGGAUGCCCUCCAUCUCCAUGGAAGGAGCUGAAGAAGAGUUCAUGUUGGACAACGAGAUCAACCGGCGCAUGUUAGCGAGCACAAGGUACAUAAGCUACUGUGCGAUCCAUAGGGGCAGUGUCCCCUGUUCUCACCGCGGAGCCUCCUACUACCAUUGCCAACCUGGCGCUCAGGCCAACCCUUACCAUCGUGGCUGCAGUGCCAUUACAAGGUGCAGGCACUAAGCUAAAUUAUUAUAUUCUAUUUUUAUUUUUUUAAAAAAAUUGGCAUUGGGAUAAUUGCAUUGUACACAUCAAGAUAUUAUUGCAUGGUUAUUAAUUAACUCCUUAUUAUUAUGUAGUAUAAUGUAUUGGCCGAUUGCUGAUAUAUAAUUAAAAUAAUGAUUCAGUGUCUGUGUCACUCA